AUGCCUGCCGGACGCAUAGGCGCUCUUGCGGUAUACUUCACACCCGUACAUCAUUGGGUUGUUGGGAAAAUUACUAAUUACGAUCCGCUAAGAGACACUUACAGUUUUUCUGCGACAGAGCCGGAAUUUAUAAAUGUUGAUAAUUUACCCCGUGAUUCGAGUAAAUUAUGGUUUCCUAAGGAAGAUGCCCUAAAUGACGAUUUCGAUGAUCUUCUUAACCUCGUAGAGCUUCAUGAAGCGUCGGUAUUAUUUUGUUUAAAAAAACGUUAUUUGAAAGAUGUGGUAUACACAAAUAUUGGGCCUAUUCUUGUGGCUUUAAACCCCUUCAAUUACUUCAUACCCGCAUAUGUUGAAGUCAAAAUGGAGGAUUACCUUUCCGAGGGCUCUGUUAUCGAGAAGAAUUUACCCCAUCCGUGGGCCACAGCGCACAACGCCUACCGGGAAGUGCGAGAGAGUGGUAGAAAUCAGACAAUUCUCAUUAGUGGAGAGAGUGGGGCGGGAAAGACGGAAGCCGCAAAGAUUGUAUUGAAGUAUUUGGCUGCAUUAAGUACGAAAAAUGGAACACCGGAGGAUCGAGAAAUUUCCAUACAAAUCAACAAACGUGUUUUGGCGUCAUCACCGAUUCUUGAAAGUUUUGGAAAUGCAAAGACGGUCCGAAAUGAUAACAGUUCUCGUUUUGGGAAAUUCUUACGAGUUCAAUUUGAUAAACAUGGCAUUUUGGUGGGGUGUCAUGCGACGAAGUACUUGUUGGAAAAGUCGAGAAUUAUUGGUGCCGCCACAGGGGAGCGUGUGUACCAUUCAUUUUAUCAACUUGUGCAGGGGCCGUUAGCGAAGGAAUUUUCAUUGAGGAACCCGAAAGUGUAUCGAAUCCUUAAUGCCGGAGAAUGCAUUAAUAUCGAUGGUGUAGAUGAUGCCGUAGAGUAUGCAUCCACGAAACUGGCGAUGGAUGAUGUAGGCAUAACAGAAGAAGAGCAAAUGUCGAUUUGGCGUGUUGUUGCGGGAGUUGUAUUUCUUCAAAAUACGGACUUUGUGGAGUCCGAAGAACGCGCUGGACGUAUUGCAAAAAUGGAUUCAAAUCUUUUGCCGGUUUUGGUCCGUGCCUGUCAGCUGUGGGGAAUCAAUGAGGAAGAAUUUAUGAAGGAGUUGAUUUCCACCUGUAUCGUUACUCAAAAAGAGCAGACGGUGAAACCCUUGAACAAAGUGAAGGCACUGGAUAUAAGGGAUUCGGUCUGUAAAAGUUUGUAUGUGUGGUUAUUUGAUUGGCUUGUAUCGAAGAUUAAUCAAACCACUAAUCGGGAGGCCGUUACAACGCAUUGGAUAGGUCUUCUUGAUAUUUUUGGUUUUGAAAAUUUUCAAAAGAACAGUUUUGAACAGUUGUGUAUCAAUUUGGCGAAUGAGGCUCUUCAGGGUCAUUACAAUCAACAUAUUUUCACAUUGGACAUGCAGGAAUGCCAGAAUGAAGGAAUUGACACAACACAUGUGACGUUUGUUGACAAUAAAGAGUGUGUUGAGUUGCUCAUGGGAAAGGUUGGUGUUUUUACACUCCUUGACGAAGAGUGUGCCGUGAGUGGGAACGAAACAAGUUAUCUUCACAAACUUAUGGAGAAGUUUGCACCCACAAAGGGCAAGGGUGGAAACGCACACUUUUUACGGGCUACUGGGCGUGCUGUCGAUAACCAUUUCAUCAUUCGGCAUUAUGCUGCGGACGUUCAGUACAAUGUGGAGGGAUUUUUAGAUAAAAACCGAGAUACAUUGAAAGAGCGAAUGAAACACAUUUUUAUGCAAUCGAAGGUGGCAUUGAUUCCAGAGAUCAUUCCAAAGGAAGAAGUCAAAACAAAUUUGAAAGGAACGGUUGGAGGGUUGUUUAUUAAACAACUCCUGCAGUUGAUGGCUGUUAUUAACCAGACAAACCCGCAUUGGAUAAGAUGCGUCAAGCCUAACGCUGAGAAGCAAUGUAGGCAAUUUUCUGACGGUUUGGUGUUACAGCAAUUACGGUCCGCAGGAGUAUUGGAAACAGUUCGGAUAAGAAAGGCGGGUUAUCCCAUACGUUUCAAGUACGAUGAUCUCCUGAAACGGUAUCACGUUUUGUUCAAGAACGGGGUGCACGGGAAGGUCGCAUCUAGAGAAAUUGUACAGAACUGCGAUAUCGAUCCUGCACAAGUUCAGUUUGGAGAGACGAAAAUCUUUAUGAAACAUGAAGCUUAUUUUAAGCUGAAUCAUCGCCGGGAGCAGGCGAUCUGCCGAUUUUCUUUUUUGUUUCAGGCGGUGGGCCGAGGGAGUUUGGCGCGCGGGCAACUUUUUCGUGAUUACGCGUUAUUGCAUCGCCGGAGAAUUAUGGAGGAAAAGCGGAUUCGAGAAGAGGCAUUGAGAAUGCAGCGAGAGGAGGAAGAAAAAAGACGCGUGAGAGAACAGGCUGAACGUGAGCGUAGAGAGUCUCUUCUCAAGGAACGACGGCACAAAGCAGCCGUAUCCAUUCAGAAAGUGGUUCGAGGUUUUCUUAGCAGGCAUAAAUUUCUCAUGGUUUAUCUUUCUACGCUGCGAGCUCGAGAGGAGCACAGUCGCGAUGAUGAGCAGCAAAAGUAUCGUCUGUACGAGGCAAAUAGACACCGGAAAAUGUGUGUAUUGGAGGCUCGCAGGGAUGGGAAACAUGACCCAACGAACACCCACCGUAGAGAGUUGCUCCGCGAGAGAAGAGAGCGUACAAUGCGUCUGCUAGAAGAGAAGCGGUUGCUGCAUGCAUCAAAGCUGGAAAAGGAGGUGGCACACGAGAAGGCGCAGCGUGCCAAGGAGAGAGUUCAGAGAAGGCAGCAGAUGCUGGAAAUGUGGAAGGGGGCCAAAACCUCCCAAAAGGAGCCAUUGGACCUCAGUGGUGCGUCGCAAAUUGUGGAAAAGCGCUUUUUUGGCGAAAUGAUCAGAAAACUUCAGGGGCAUGCGAAGGAUUCAAACGAAACUCCCACCGAGUUCUCUCAAAAUGUCGGUGGGGACUCCCGUUAUCAAGAUUCAACAUUUGAUAUUGUCAAGAAGCAGUGGGAGGAAAAGGAACGGUGGAAGGACGAGCGUGAGAGAAUUCUUGGCCCGCGUCAUGAGGCCCAUGGUUCGGCCUUGACACCGCGUCAACGUCAUCUUGAGGGUCAAUACCGAAUUCGAACGGUGUCGAAUGUCCUUUGGCAGUUGGAGUCUAAAGCCGCCGCCCUUUCAUUUCAGAAGCAACAACGAUAG